CCUCCCCCCACAACAUAACGUGCUGCUGUCGGUCCAGGUCUGUUGGACCAGUUUAGAAUCAGGAACAUUUGGAGACGUCAGAGACCGGAGGUUCUUCGCUCUUUCACCAGAGCAUCAGCCACAUCAAACAGCUCGCAUCACACAGACACGUAGGCUACUCUUUUUCAUCAGUUGCGCCUAAAUUACAAGCAUGUCUAAAAAGAGCGAAAAACCAGCGGAGGGCAAAGAGCCUGAGAGUAACUGGAAAGACGUGAUCUACAAUCCAAGAACUGGAGAAUUCUUCGGUCGGACUGGUAGAAAUUGGGGCAUCAUCCUCCUCUUUUACUUGGUAUUCUAUGGCUUCUUGGCUGCCAUGUUUGUCUUCACUAUGUGGGUGAUGCUUCAGAUGCUGAAUGACGACACGCCAAAGUAUCAAGAUCGUGUCGCAUCCCCAGGGUUGGUUAUCAGGCCAAACUCUUUGAAUAUAGUUUUUAACAGAUCAGAAUCUCUUGAAUAUGGCCAGUACGUUCAGCAUCUAGAAUCGUUUCUGCAUCAGUAUAAUGACUCAGAGCAAGCCAAAAAUGACUUGUGUAUGGCGGGUCAGUACUCUGAGCAGGAUGAGGAACCUCUGAAGAAGGUGUGCCAGUUUAAGAGGAGUUUACUCCACCAUUGCUCUGGGAUGGAGGACACCACUUUCGGCUAUGCUAAAGGGCAGCCGUGUUUUAUUGUCAAGAUGAAUAGGGUCAUUGGUCUCAGGCCAUCUGGAGAUCCGUACAUCAGCUGCACAUCAAAGAGUGAGAAACCUCUUCAGAUGGAGUAUUUCCCCCAUGAGGGGACUAUUGAUAGGAUGUACUUCCCUUACUAUGGGAAAAAGACACAUAAGGGUUACGUUCAGCCUCUGGUUGCUGUAAAGCUGUUGCUUAAGAAGGAAGACUAUAACUCUGAGCUGAUUGUAGAGUGCAAGGUAGAGGGCUCCAACCUCAAGAACAACGACGAGCGUGACAAGUUUCUUGGCCGCGUCACCUUUCGGGUCCUGGUGACCGAAUAAAGCAGUUGCUGGUGCGGACAAUAAAGGGGUACUUGCACUACUUUACUCCCUGUUGUCCCUCCCAUGUACGUCCUGCUGGUCCUCAGCAGGUCGAAAGGACCUAAUUUAACACUCCACAGACAGGCAUGACUGAUUGAUUUUUGUUAAUGAAUCCCCCUGUUUAGUCUCCUGCCAAGCACCUCUUCCUGCUGAAGACGUGAGCGUCUCUGAACGUUUAAUUGUAUUUUAACCCUGGGCCUUGCAUUCCCUAGAUGUUUCGAAUUCUUUAACAUCAUUACGUUGUACCCUUAAAGGGAUUUUGUUUACAUUGUACUGGAUGAGACGGGUUAGUUGCUAUCUUAAUCCUUGGUUGGUGUUUUUUUGUGUUUGUGUUGCUCUGUGUGAAUAUAUUUAAUGAUCGUAUUGUCAUAUUGCUGUAAGAAUUGUUGAAAAAGUGGUAUUAUUUGACACAUUUUUGAAAUAUGAAAUACGGGAGGAGCCAAAUUUUUAACCUAAAUGAUAUUCAUAACCUCUGCAUGGAUCCUCAUUCAUGCAGAUGCCUUAAGAGCCAUUUAACACCUUGGUAAAAAAAUGCUAUUUUGACAAAUAAAAAGAAAACACAUGAAAGUAGUGGUUGUA